CAGGAUGGAAACUUGUUCGACAACAACCGUUUAACUAGUACCCUCAGAGGCCAAGCAAAACAGUGCUGCCCAGUAAUAGUUCUCCUAAACCAUUCAGUAUUUUACCCUAGAAUGACCAUUUUCAAUCUCUCCUUCCUCCUUCGUUGCUAUAUAGGAUGCUAGCACCGAUUUUUGAGAAGGUCCAACAGCUUUUUCAAACGGUUGAAAAGCACCUUGGCGAUCCCGUCGCGCUUCCGUUUAGUAAUACCGAUACUUCCCUCAAGAAUAUUUUGAUUGGCGGAGGUGUCACCGGCUUAAUCAGCUACGCUGUUUCGAAAUAUAUUGUGUAUAAUCUGUAUCUUCAUCCUCUUUCUAAAAUUCCGGGACCACCUGUCGACUGGAUUCCAUUCCUCGGAAAUAUUCGAGAGCUGAUUAGAGAAGAGUCAGGCGUUCCAUACAAGAAAUGGGCAGAGCGGUAUGGUGAUAUCAGUCGUCAUCAUGGUGCCUGGAACAGACCGGUUAUUUUGGUUUCUGAUCCUGAUCUGUUGAAACAAGUAUUGAUGACUGAAGUAUACGACUUUACCAAAGCGCCGGACGAUGCGAAGUAUAUAACUCGUAUUCUUGGCAGUGGUCUGCUUGUUUCGGAGGGAGAUAUACAUAAGCGACACCGCAAAAUGCUCAAUCCUGCCUUUUCUAUACAGGCCGUUCGAGAACUGACCCCUAUUCUAUUUGUACCACCUGUUCAACUCUGUGAAAAAUGGAUGAGUGAAAUCAAAGCCAAGCAAACAAAUCCAAGUGAAGCCGUCGAGAUUGUUGUUUCGCAUGGUCUUUCGCUUGUAGCGCUUGAUGAAAUCGGUCUUGGUGGGUUUGGACAAGAGUUUAACGCGAUUCGACAUGCUGACAGUGUGGAUAGCGAUACUAGCAAUAAGCAACAAGUCCACAAACUUAGUUGGGCAUACCAAACACUUUUUGAUCCCAGUCGACGAACUUUUUGGACGAUCUUGGGUCUCUUUUUCCCUGCUGCGCUAUAUGUGCCAACAAAACAAAACCGCCAGCUCAACAAGGCCCUCCGAACACUCGCCGAAGAAAGUAGAAAUAUUGUACAGCAUGGUAUUGAACGCGCUCAAGUUACCAGCGGAAAAUCAGUGGGGAACAACUUGCUGUCAAUGAUGAUCCGGAAUGCGGACGAGGAUGAGUCUGAUCAAGGAUUUACAGUCGAAGAACUACGGAACCAGUGUCUCACCUUUUUGGCUGCUGGACACGAAACAACAGCAGUAUCAUUAACAUGGUGUCUUUUGCUGCUGGCACAGCACCAAGAUGUCCAAGAUGCGCUGCGAGCCGAAGUUACACCUGUCGUGGAAAGAAUCAAUAUGGAUGACUCGGUGUUUCACGACGAAGGUCCUUUUGGAAUCGGCUUUGAAGGGGCCGACAUGCCAUCUUAUGAAACAAUGAACAGCUUGCACCUCUUAAACAAUGUUAUCCGUGAGACCGCACGCUUAAUUCCUGUUGUCCCAGUGACAGCACGAUAUGCAACCAAAAACACAACCAUGAAGCACCAUUUUGUUCCAAAGGGAACCGACGUGGUCAUACCCAUUGUCGUAAAUCACCAUAGCAAGACGAUCUGGGGUGAUGAUGCGGAAACAUUUCGGCCCGGCCGUUGGGAUGAGGAACCAGCAUAUUCCAAAGUAGGAUCCUAUGAGUAUUUUCCGUUUUUGGCUGGGACAAGACAAUGUAUUGGAUACAGGUUUGCUCUUAUUGAGCUCAAAAUUAUCCUCGCUAUUUUGAUUACCAAAUUUCAAUUCUUCGAAAAACCUGGAUUUGUUGUCAAAAGAAGGCAAGAACUUACCCUGCGGCCUGUCCCUAACAUGACCCUGUUAGUUAAGCCCAUCUCAUCAACACCAUCAUCCCACUAAAAACAUCCUUUUGGUACUUCCUUCCUUUGUUGUUCUCCCACUUUUCCCGUUUCAUUUUCUGUAUAUUAAUUAAAAACUUGUAUAUUCGGCACAAAUUGCAACGGUUGUAUGAUCCUAAAAGUUCCUCGUAAUCCCGG